AUGAUUAAUAAUAAUAACGAAUCACAGAAUGUUAAGCAAGUUCCAGUUAAUCCCCAAAACGCUGAUCUUUCAUUGUCACUAAAUGAGCAGAAUGAUUACAGAGGUAAUGGAAUUUUACGUUCCAAUACUUCCGAUUAUUCUACAUUAAAUUUAGAGCUUUCAAAUGAAAUUGCUAUUAGUUCUAUCUCUUCUGAUUCAGGGAAACAUGACAAACCCUUUAACAGCACCACCAAUCCACAGGACAUUAAAUCUGAAAAAUUCAAACUUAUGGCUCAAGCUUCAUCAGAACAAGACGUUAAAUCGAAUGAAUUUUUGAGGUCCCCUCACAGAUCGAAUACAGUUUCUGGUGUUUCUUCAAAGUGUGGAUCAACAAAUGCCGAAGUAGCUGCAGCAGUUGUUGCCAAAGAAAUGAAUGCGGUUAAAACUUUGAAGCGUCUAUCCAUAGGAGCUCUUUCUACUAUUGAUCCAGAUCUUCCUAAUUAUACGUCAGAUAUCUAUCUUUCAAAUUCUGAAUCUAGCAUUAACUCAAGACAAUAUUCGAACAGUUCGAUUGAUUUUCAAAAAGACACAGACCAAAAUCAUUCUAAUUCUGAAUACCAAAAUUCGGAAAUUGAUGCGACACAUGCUUCUCAACUAUUAUGGGUUCCAGCACAUAUUCAUCCAGAAUUGGCACCUCAAGAAUGGAAGACAUUUGUACAAAAUAAAAUGGCUGAAAUCAAGGCCUCAGUAUCAGAUUCCUCUUUACAACAAACAGAAAAUUCUUCAUUUAAAGCCAACACAGUUAAGAUUCGAAGGCGAAAUUCUCGUCUUUCUAGGCAGAUAAAAGAUCAAGAGGGAUAUACCGAUGGUGCUGAUAUAUUAGAAAAAAGAAAAUCUAAAGACCUUUUAAUAGACCAAUUCGACCCGACUAUUGAAUCUCUCUCUAAACACUUGAGAACUUUUGGAGAACUAGAAAGCCUUGCCAUGGAUCCAUUUCAAUUGGCUAGAUCUCUUUCCAUGACUACUAAUUUAAAUUCCUCCUCAAAUUCUUCUGAAGAUCCGGUAAAUUUUAUUGCAUCUAGGUCCCAACCUUCAAUCUCUGACACAGCUUCCAUUGACACAGACUCUCCUAUUCUUCAUGCACCAAAAUCUUCUCUUCGACGAUCUACCCGAACCCGCUAUAAUAAAUCUUUUAUUCGACGUGGAAAGCGGGAUAUAGUUCAAAAUAAUUUUAGUGGUAGUAAUCAUGAUCAACGACAUUAUGAGAAGAAAAUUUCUGUUAAACAAACAGAGUUUAAUUUGAAGCAUGAUAAAUCUUUUGAAAGCUCAAAUGAACUGGAAGAUGAUAAUAUUUCUGGUAAAUCAAAAAUAGAUAAUUUUCAAAAAUUAAAAGUUUCAGAUAAAUCGUGUUUGGAUGAAAAAAAAAGACAGUUUAAUGAAACGUUCAGUUUUAACUCAGAGUUAGAAUCAUCGAUUAACAGCAAUUCAGUUAAUUUUUCGACAGUUACUCAUAGCCAUGAAAAUGCGAUACAUAUAAAUCAUGUUGGUUCAGCUAAAAUUGAGGAUACUGAUCCGAUAUUAAUAGUUACUUUACCAACAAAAACAACCACCAAUAACGUUAAAGAAAAUUGUCAAAGAUCUAAGUUUGUUGAUAAUGAUUCCAGAAAUACGACAAUCCAGCAGGAUCAAAUCUCAAACUCAGCUUCGACUUUGAAUCAGGAUAACUUACAAGUAACAGAUUUAAAUAAGCAGAAAGAAAAUCCAAUAUCCCUUAUAUCCCAAAAUUUGCCUUCACUAUCUUCUAUUCAUCAAUCGAAUCCUUUUAUGUCGAAUUCAAUUGACCAAACACAACCAGCUGAUAAUUUUCAAAUUUUGUUAAAUAUUGAAAGGGAUAGUAUUUUUAACCAAGAAGAACCAUUCAAAGAACACCAUAAAUUUGAUAAAAUUAAUAAGAGCGAGUCAGAACUUAUAACUAAUUAUGAUUCUCCUAUUUUUGAAGAAGAGGAAUCUCAACUUAAAACUAAGACUCGGCGAAGUACGUGGAGCUGGUUAUUUAGCGGUACUCCUAGUAAUAGUAAUACUAAUAACAAUACUAAUCAUACCGUUUCAAAUUCUCAAACAUCUAAUUUCAAGAACUCAGGAGAACUUAUCGUCUUACAUGAUGAAAUUCCAACAGACUCAGAGCCACACUCUUCUUUUGACUCAGGGAAGGUUUCUACGGACAGAUUUUUAAAUCGUGCGUCUUCUCAAUCACCUAUACUUAAGCCAAGUGCACAGGAAACUAACGAGCCAUCUUCGUCUUCUAGUAAAGAUCGAUUAUCUAAUUUUUUUUUAAAAAAAAAAGUAGUUUCCUCAUCUACAAAACAAAAAGAUGAAUAUGCGAACUGCAUAACAGAUCCUAAUGAUAAAAUAAAAGCCCAAAAUUUACUUCCGGAUCAGUCAUAUCAUUCCAACUCGCAGUCUUCUUCAGAUACUGGAUUCAAAAACUCGACUCGCUCAAAAUCUUCUGGUAUUAAGUCUUCAAAAUCUGAAAAAAGAAGUAGUCGGUAUAGGUCAAAAUCUCGAGCACAAUCUCCUGAUGAAUCAAUUAAUGAAGAUAAAUCCGAAACAUCAACUUCAAAUAACUUUAAGAAUUCAAAUGUUUCUCAAACAGUGGUAUACACUGCGGAAGCAGCCGCAUAUUAUGGGGCACCUUAUCAAAUACCACCACAUCAAAUGUCCGAUAAGUCAUUACAAACCCAAGACGACCACUACUUCAACAGGUUUUGUUAUCGAAUUUUAUGUAUGCUUAUUUGA